GCAGUCCAAAAUACCUUGACAGGGUGGGCUGGUUUGCAGGUAUGUAACUCAGAGAGUAAUAACCACCCAUGAUCUUGAAGAGCAGUGAAGUACCCAUCCAGAUCGUCUUUGACCACACUGCAUAGACAGUCUUCUCUCUAUCUGUGACCUACAGUACAUGACUAUGCAUUCGGCUUUCAUGGAUAAUUUUUGAGAGUCUCCAAAACAUUUUUCAGACCCAAAAUCAACAAAUCCUAUAGGUCUAUUCAGAAUGACAAGUGCACCAUCCUCACCAUCAUUCAGUGCAUGGGACUACGUGGUCUUUACAUUGAUGUUGGUCAUCUCAGCAGGUAUUGGGCUGUACUUCGCCUUCACUGGAAGAGGUCAGAGAAGCUCUGCAGAUUUUCUGGUGGGUGGACGGAGUAUGACAGCAGUACCUGUGGCUUUGUCCCUGACAGCCAGCUUCAUGUCAGCUAUCACAGUGCUGGGCACCCCGGUGGAGGUGUAUCAGUAUGGAGCCAUCUUCAUCCUCAUCUGCUUUGCUUAUGUGCUGAUGGUGGUUGUUAGCUCUGAGAUUUUUCUCCCGAUAUUUUAUAGACUGGGGAUAACCAGCACCUAUGAGUACCUGGAGAUGCGUUUCAAUAAAGUAAUUCGACUCUUUGGAACAGUUUUGUUUAUAAUACAGACAGUAAGUAUGUUUCAUCUCAAUAUCAUUCAUAUAGUGAGUGUUAUUCAAUGCAGUGAAUUCAAUAUAAUCUCCUCUCAGGUACUUUACACAGGUCUGGUCAUUUAUGCUCCGGCUUUGGCUUUAAAUCAAGUCACAGGUGUGGAUCUCUGGGGUGCUGUUAUAUCAACUGGAGUUGUCUGUACCCUCUAUUGUACAUUAGGUGGUCUUAAAGCAGUGGUGUGGACCGAUGUAUUCCAGGUGGGCAUCAUAUUGGCUGGACUCUUGGCUGUCAUCAUCCAAUCAGUGCAGCUGCAGGGCGGAAUCUCCAUUAUUAUCGAUGACUCCACCCACGGAGGCCGACUUAACCUAUGGGACUUUGAUCCCAGCCCUCUGAGGAGACACACGUUCUGGACCAUCACGGUGGGAGGAACGUUCCUCUGGACAAGCGUCUAUGGGAUCAACCAAGCUCAGGUGCAGAGAUACAUAUCAUGCAAGACACUGUUUCAUGCCCAGAUGGCCUUGUACAUUAACUUACUGUCACUUGUGGCUAUUACACUGUGUGCGGUAUUUAGUGGCUUGUGUUUAUACUCCGUUUAUAAAAACUGUGAUCCAUGGACGGCAAAUAUGGUGUCCGCUCAAGACCAGCUAAUGCCAUACCUGGUGUUAGAUAUCCUGAAGAAAUACCCUGGUGUGCCAGGACUGUUUGUGGCAUCAGCAUACAGUGGCACCUUGAGUACGGUCUCCUCCAGUGUAAACGCUCUGGCUGCGGUAACUAUUGCUGAUUUGAUGCAACCGUAUCUCUGUCUGUCAGAUAAACAGCUCUCUUGGGCUUCAAAGGCCAUGAGCUUGUUUUAUGGUGUCGUGUGCAUUGCAAUGGCUGGUCUUGCAUCGUUGAUGGGCGGGAUGCUACAGGCUGCUAUUAGUAUAGUAGGAGUGAUUGGCGGUCCUCUCCUGGGCCUUUUUUCUCUGGCUGUGCUGUUUCCCUGUGCUAACACAAAGGGAGGAUUGGCCGGGCUUGUAUCUGGGCUCGCUCUGUCUCUAUGGGUGUGCAUUGGAGCACAGAUUUACGACCCUUUACCGGAGUACAGCAGACCAUUGGAUCUCUCAACACAUGGCUGUAACCUUACAAACGGCUUAAACUGGACUACUGGCCCUAUAGAGAAAACCACAGAUUACACUCUACUAAAAGAGGAUAAUCUAGACAGACCCUGGUUGGCUGAUAACCUGUACUCUCUUUCAUACCUGUACUUCUGUCCGAUGGGUACUUUGGCCGUCAUCAUCGUGGGUUUUAUCGUCAGCAUAUUCUCAGGAGGAAGACAGCUAAAAGUGCAGCCUGGGCUUACACUAUCAAAAGAGGAUCUCACCUGUUAUAAAGCCUACAAGACACUCAAAGAAAAGGUUUUAGGUACAGCGGGAAAGCUUGAUCUUGCACGAGAGUUAGAAAUAUCGCUUGGAAAAACAAAUCAUGCUUUCUGUGAUGUGGAGAUAUCUACUCAGACUUCGCCGUAGAAAUAUUAUAAAGCUGAAAAUGUUUGU